GUUAGGCAGCCUUGGAAACCCUGGGCCCGGCCGCGGCUGCCGCGGCACCUGCGGCCGCUGCACUACAACCUGAUGCUGAGCGCCUUCAUGGAGAACUUCACCUUCAGCGGGGAGGUGAACGUGCAGCUGGAGGUGCGGAACGCCAGCCGCUACAUCGUGCUGCACGCCCACCGCAUGCACAUCGAGGCGGUCCGGGUGGCCGAGGACAAGCUGGCCGGCGGCGUGCGGGUGGCCCGCUCCUUCCUCUACCCCCAGACCCAGGUCUUCGUCGUCGUCCUCAACCGCAGCCUGGAGGUGCAGCGAAGUUACAACCUCAAGAUCAUCUACAACGCCCUCAUCGAGAACGAGCUGCUGGGCUUCUUCCGCAGCUCCUACGUCCUCCACGGCGAGAGAAGGUUUCUCGGUGUUACACAGUUUUCUCCUACUCAUGCCAGAAAAGCCUUUCCUUGCUUUGACGAGCCCAUCUACAAGGCCACUUUCAAAAUCAGCAUCAGGCAUCAAGCAACUUACUUAUCAUUGUCCAACAUGCCAGUUGAAACUUCUGUUUUUGAAGAAGAUGGAUGGGUUACAGAUCACUUUUCACAGACCCCUCUCAUGUCCACGUAUUACCUAGCUUGGGCAGUGUGCAAUUUUACAUACCGGGAAACUGUCACCAAGAGUGGAGUAGUUGUACGGUUAUAUGCAAGGCCUGAUGCAAUCCGAAGAGGAUCGGGGGACUAUGCUCUAAAUAUUACAAGGAGACUCAUUGAAUUUUAUGAAGAUUAUUUUAAAGUGCCCUAUUCCCUGCCAAAAUUAGAUCUGUUAGCUGUGCCCAAGCAUCCAUAUGCUGCUAUGGAGAACUGGGGACUGAGUGUUUUUGUGGAGCAAAGGAUACUGCUAGAUCCAAGCAUUUCUUCUAUAUCAUACCUACUGGAUGUCACCAUGGUCAUUGUACAUGAGCUAUGUCAUCAGUGGUUUGGUGACCUUGUGACUCCAGUUUGGUGGGAGGAUGUGUGGUUGAAAGAAGGUUUUGCUCACUAUUUUGAAUUUGUUGGGACAGACUACCUCUACCCAGGGUGGAACAUGGAAAAGCAGAGAUUUCUGACAGAUGUCCUACAUGAAGUGAUGUUGCUGGAUGGUUUGGCCAGUUCACAUCCAGUAUCCCAGGAGGUGCAGCAAGCCACAGACAUUGACAGGGUGUUUGACUGGAUUGCAUAUAAAAAGGGUGCAGCUCUAAUUCGAAUGUUGGCUAACUUUAUGGGUCACUCUGUGUUUCAAAUGGGCUUACAAGACUAUUUAACCAUUCACAAGUAUGGCAAUGCAGCCAGAAAUGAUCUCUGGAACACAUUGUCAAAGGCUUUAAAAAGGGUUGGAAAAUCUGUAAAUAUCCAAGAAGUAAUGGAUCAGUGGACGCUACAGAUGGGUUAUCCUGUUAUCACUAUCUUGGGAAAUGAAACUACAGACAAUGUCAUAGUGAUCUCCCAAGCACGUUUUGUUUAUGAUAGUGAUGCUAAACCCAAGGAUCCUGCCCUUGGAGACAACAGCUACUUGUGGCAGAUUCCAUUAACAAUUGCAGUAGGAAAUACGAGCCACAUCUCAUCAGAGGCAAUUAUAUGGGUGUCUAACAAAUCAGAACACCACAGAAUUCCUGCUUUGGAAGAGGCAAGUUGGUUGCUGGGGAACAUCAACCAGACUGGCUACUUUAGAGUUAAUUAUGAUAUUAGGAAUUGGAGGCUGCUAAUUAAUCAGCUAACAAGGAAUCACGUGGUUAUCUCUGUCAGUAAUCGAGCAGGCUUGAUUGAUGAUGCAUUCAAUCUAGCCAGAGCUGGUUAUUUGCCUCAGAAUAUUCCUUUGGAAAUCAUCAGAUACCUUUCAGAGGAGAUGGACUUUUUGCCUUGGCAUGCUGCCAGCCGAGCUCUUUAUCCUCUGGAUAAAUUGCUGGACCGCACAGAAAACUACAACAUCUUCAAUGAGUAUAUUUUAAGACAAGUUGCAUCAAUGUAUCUGAAGCUUGGAUGGCCAACGAAUAAUUUAAACAAAUCGCUUGUUCAAGCAUCCUACCAACAUGAAGAGUUGCGUCGGGAAGUCAUCAUGUUGGCCUGCAGCUUCGGUAACAAGCACUGUCACCAGCAGGCUGCAACGUUAAUCUCGGAUUGGAUUUCUAGCAAUAGGAACCGAAUCCCACUCAAUGUGAGAGACAUUGUCUACUGCACAGGAGUUUCACUGAUGGAUGAAGAUGUAUGGGAGUUCAUUUGGAUGAAAUUUCAUUCUACCACAGCAGUGUCUGAGAAGAAAAUAUUAUUAGAAGCCUUAACUUGCAGUGAUGACAGAAACUUGCUCAACAGGCUUUUGAAUUUGUCUCUCAACUCUGAAGUUGUCCUGGAUCAGGAUGCAAUUGAUGUGAUAAUCCACGUAGCUCGAAAUCCACAUGGAAGGGAUCUUGCUUGGAAGUUUUUCAGAGAAAAAUGGAAAAUAUUAAAUGCUAGGUAUGGAGAAGCAUUAUUUAUGAAUUCAAAGCUUAUCAGUGGGGUCACAGAAUUCCUCAAUACCGAAGAAGAACUGAGAGAGCUAAAGAACUUUAUAAAGAGUUAUGAAGAGGGAGCUGCUGCCUCAUUCUCUCGUGCCAUGGAAACAGUGGAAGCCAAUGUGCGGUGGCAAAGGCUUUAUAAGGAAGAACUAUUCCAGUGGCUAAGAAAAUCCUUGGCACACUAAUCUGUCUUUCCAGCUGACCAUUUAACAUGAAGUUCUGCAAGAGGAAGAGGAGACAUUUUAAAAGUGUUCAACAUUAAAAUAAUGAAGACAAGAUGAGAUUGCAGGGAGAAGGGUUUUUUUCCUUUUUUUUAAUUGUGGGAUUUUUUUUUUACGCUGGGCUCUUGUGAAAUUGUCAAGAAGCUUUUCAGACGAAAAGAUCAUGAACGCUUGUGAAGUGCAGUCUUCAGUGUACACAGCCAAACAUGAUAUUAAGUGGUGCAUGUAAUUGUUGAAGAAAAACAAACAAAAACACUUCAAAGACUAUUUUGUGCAUGCUUGUACCGUCCCUGCCUGUAUUCUAGCAUGCUUAUGUAUAACAGCCACAUUUUGUAUGUGAGUUCCAGUUACAUCAAAGAUGGGCAUUAUACAAAGCACAAA